CCCACUUGGUCCCCAUCCCCUGUCUGAGUCGAGCAUUAGCACACUUCACAUCGAACUUAACCACCAUGAACACAAACCUUUUGAACGAAAACGCCCUUGGCGCGUUGAAGCGCGCUGAAAUACAACAACUGGCGAAGCGCGAGGGUCUUCGCGCGAACGGAAAGACAUUAGACAUCAUCGACGCGUUGGUGUCUAGGCAUCCCGAUGGCGUUGAGCCGUGAGUUGUUCUUCUCGGUGUUGUCCGACAGAGGAACCAACGCCACAUUAGAUUGAAAAGAGAACAAGGGCCCGUUAGGAGGUCGAGACGUCUCGACGCCACGGAGCCCAAGGAAGAGGAGGUGGAAGAGGAGGUGGAGAUCCAACCCGCAAUAUACGGCGAAAGUAUAUCGCAAUAUAGACCGCCACGGCUGAGAAAGAAGCCGAAGGUGGUCGUC